CGUCUCCUCGAGGAGGAGGACCGGGCUCACCGCGACGUGCUGCAGUGGGACUUCCUGGACACCUUCUACAACCUCACCCUCAAGGAGGUGAACUUCCUGCGCUGGCUCCACGUCUACUGCCCCGCCGUGGACUUCGUCUUCAAGGGCGACGACGACGUCUUCGUGCACACGGCCAACGUCCUCGACUUUCUCGAGUCCCGCCGCGGCGACCCCGACCUGGCCUCGCUCUUCGUCGGUGACAUCAUCAGCAGGGCCUUCCCCAUCCGCUCCCCCCGGAGCAAGUACUACAUCCCUCGGGAGCUGUACGACGGGCCCUACCCACCCUACGCAGGCGGGGGUGGCUUCCUCAUGGCUUCCCCUUUGGCCGACAGGCUGUUCCUGGCCUCCGAGCGCAUCCCCGUCUUCCCCAUCGACGACGUGUUCCUGGGCAUGUGCCUGCGGAGCCUGGGCGUGGUGCCCGAGCCCCACCUGGGCUUCAGGACGUUCGGGAUCACCAGGCGCAGGGCCAGUGCCAUGAACAGGGACCCGUGCUUCUACAAAAGCCUGCUCAUGGUGCACAAGCUGGACCCGGACGCCCUGCUGGCCAUGUGGGACCUCGUACAGGACGACAGGAUCGCGUGUGCCAAGACGCUCCACCUUACCUAACUCCACAGCCCAGGCCCCUGUGCUGCUCUUGCGCCCUUGGCCAAGCUACGGGCACAGAGUGCUCUGCCAGGCCGAGCCCCCUGUCCUUCCUCCGCUACGGACACCUCUCGGAGCUGCCACCGUCACCAGAGCUACAACGGGACCCGAGCCUGCAGCGUGCCCUUCUGCAAGAGGCCGAGGCUCCGCUUUGAACCGCGUACGGGAGCUGUGGAUGGGCAGGAGCGCAGCCCACGCUUUAGCUAGGCUCUCUCGACCCUUUCAGUUGCUCUCCAGCAAAGGAUUGACCGGGCAGAACGAACCAGCUCCCCAAGGAGCCGGCGCUGGGCUGCACAACGGAGAGGGCAAAGCGCCAGGACAGACUCGGAAAGCAGGGAGAUCGCACUCUCAUGGGAGGACCCCAAGGAGAGCCCCUAAAGAGAAAGAGCAGCAAAGGAUAGCAGAUAAGAAAAACCACCCUCUCCUCUCCCCUUUGAAUCACCCGUUCUCUUGCGCGCUGCAGGAAAACGGUGAACCGGGUCAUCUCCCGGUUGCCGUGUCGUUUCUAAAGGGUGCUUGCUGCAUUAUUUCGAAAGGGUGGUGACGGGGAUUGCUUAAACGUCACGCGAACAGCUACUGACGCUACAGCUGCUGACCUGGGACUGGGGGCUCGCAUGCAGCACACGCAAAACAUCCCUGUCUCGGAGGAUGCUGUGACGCAGGCACGCGAGCCUCC